AUGCCCUGGAAGCCUUUCACGCUCAACGAUGGAAAUGUUAUGCCCGGCAUUGCCUAUGGAACCUGGCGUACAGGAAAGGAUCAAGAGGCUAUUGAUUUUGCCCAGCAAGCCAUUUCUGCUGGUAUAUACCAUAUAGACACUGCUCAGAACUAUAGAAACGAAGCAGAAGCGGGGAUUGCCAUACGUGAAAGUGGCUUGCCACGGGAAAAGAUCUUCGUGACAACUAAAUGGUCUAGAUUGAACGGCUUGGAUAUCGCGACAUCGUUUCAAAACAGUUUAAAAGAGCUUAAUAUCUCUUACAUCGACCUCUACUUGAUUCAUGGUGCGGAGUUGUGCGAUGAUAUUCCAUCCUGCUGGAAAGAAAUGGAGAAAAUAAAAGAUUCGGGAUUAGCGAAGAGUAUAGGCGUCAGCAAUUUCGAGGUGGCUGACCUGGAACAGCUCUUCACUGUUUCGAAGUAUACUCCUACCGUAAAUCAGAUUCUAUUCCAUCCCUACGUUUAUGAGGAAUCGUUGCCCAUACUCGACAUUUGCAAACAAGAGGGGAUAAUUGUUGAGGCUUAUAGCCCAUUAAUUCCCGUUACAAAGUAUCCAGGGAAAUCGGUUGACAAGAUUUCCAGCUCUAUUGCUAGGCGUCUCAGCGCAACUAAUGAUCAAGUUCUUCUCGCAUGGGCAAAGGCCAAGGGUACAGUUCCUGUUACUAAUAGCAAAAAGAAGCAGAGACUGGAGGGGUUUGUCAAAGCUGGUGACCUUAUGUUAACGCCUGACGAUAUUGCUUCCAUCGACGAAGCUGGGAAAGAUGUCUGA